AUGCCUUCCGCUCUACUCAUCGGCGCCAUCACCCACGCCCGCAAGGAAUGGGAGAGUCUCUCCUCCCUCCUGACUCUCAAGGAAUUCCCCUCCGGCACCCGCGAGGAUUUCCUCCGUAACUGCAAAGACGGUCAAUACGACGACGUCGUGGUCAUCUACCGCUCCAACACCUCCACCAAAUUCACCGGUCCGUUCGACGCCGAAUUGCUGUCGGUGCUGCCCAAAUCGCUCAAGUAUAUUUGCCACAACGGCGCUGGUUAUGACAACAUCGAUAUCCCGGGCUGUACAGAGCGGGGAAUCCUCGUCUCUAGCACUCCCGUCGCAGUCAACCAUGCCACCGCCGACGUUGGCAUUUUCCUCAUGAUCGGAGCCCUGCGCCAGGCGUAUGUUCCCUUGGCGGCGUUGCGCGCGGGGACCUGGCAGGGCCAAACCACUCUCGGCCAUGAUCCCCAAGGAAAAGUGCUGGGCAUCCUCGGAAUGGGUGGAAUCGGUCGGGAAAUGGCCAACCGCGCGCGCGCUUUCGGCAUGAAGAUCAUCUACCACAACCGGUCCCGUCUGGCCCCCGAGUUGGAAGCCGGGGCCACCUACGUGUCUUUCGAUGAGUUGCUGGCGCAGGCCGACGUGCUAAGCCUCAACUUGGCGCUGAAUGCGUCAACGCGGCAUAUUAUCGGGGCACCGGAGUUCCAGAAGAUGAAGGAUGGGGUGGUGCUGGUGAACACGGCGCGGGGCGCGCUCAUUGAUGAGAAGGCGUUGGUCGCGGCGCUGGAUUCCGGAAAGGUGCUGUCGGCAGGACUGGAUGUGUAUGAGAACGAACCGGAGGUGGAGGCGGGACUGAUCAACAACCCGCGGGUGAUGCUGUUGCCGCAUAUCGGCACGAUGACCUACGAGACGCAGAAGGAGAUGGAGUUGUUAGUUCUGGAGAAUGUGCGGUCGGCGGUGGAGAAGGGGGAGAUGGUGACGCUGGUGCCGGAGCAGAAGAAAUAG